UGCAUACGUUAUUGACUCGUGUCGUUUUAGCGUCUCUCCUCUCUCUUCGCUCUCACUCGAACCUUCAAUUUCCGAUCUCCGGCGUGGAAUUGUUCUGUUUCUCCCGGCGAGACUUCCCUCAGAUAACCUAGCGAUGAAGAAAGACACUGACGUAUUCGAUUUCAACGUAGAGGACGAGCUCGUUGAGUCCACUUCUGGAAAGCUACUGGAAAAAUUCACAAACCCUAGCUCCAACGCCAACGUCAUCCAAAGCUUUUGCCAGGAAGAAUCUGCUCUUAAAGAAGUGGGAGACGCGAGUUGUGCAGAGGCUGUUACUGAUGUAAUCGAUCGUCAUUGUGCCGAUGCUCCGGGUUUAGUAACAGAAGCUGUGGAGUCCUCCAGAGACAAUUUGACCAUAGCAGAUUUAGAUCGUGGUUUGAUGCUUGGUUUGAGUACCGAAGACAGUGCAAAAGAAGCAGAUGGAGAUCAUGGCCUGGAAAGUUUCUCUUGCCAGCCAAGCGCAAAACGUUUCUACGCCGGAACUUCCACAUAUAGUCGACGCCAGCUUAGCUCACCACUUUCGGAUUCUUCAUCCAGUGAGGAGCGAACUGAUAUGAUGUCAGCUAUUGAUGAAAGCAUGAGUGAUCGAUCUGCGUUGAGUGAAGCUUCUGAUUCAGAAGGAGAUGAAGAUUGGAUGGCUGAACACUGCUUCGAUGACAUGGAAAAGAUUGACAGAAACACGGCUGUUAUCAUGAUUCCAGAGUAUGUUGUGCUUAAGGAUAUGCCUUGUGCUGCAUCUCUGGUAAUCUUUUCAUGCAAUGGAAUCAAAAUAAAGAGCUAUCUUGAUAAUAACGAAGAAGGGCCAUUCUGUUGUGAAUUUGGAGUUGAAGACGUACUUAGUAUUCAAUACAAUUGGUACCAAAAUGUUGGACUGAUUAUUCUCAGAGUUCAAGUUCUGUUAAAGGAUGAAAAAUGCCAUGAAGAUAUGCAACACACCACAGACAUUGAGGAGUUAAAGUUUGCAGUUAAAGAUCACAAUUGGCCUGAGAAGCAACAACAAAUUAACUCGCUGCAUGUGAAAUACCCGGCUGUAUGGAGUGCUGACCUCGAUGAGGACGUGGAAGUAUCAGGGGCCAACUUGCAUCAACGGAAGCGUUAUUUUCCACGAUUUGAUGAACCAUUUGAGGAUGUUGUUUAUCCAAAGGGAGAUCCAGAUGCUGUUUCCAUUUGCAAAAGAGAUGUCGAGCUGUUGCAGCCAGAGACAUUUGUGAAUGACACAAUCAUUGACUUCUAUAUUAAUUAUUUGAAGAAUCAGAUUCAAGCGGAGGAGAGACAGAGAUUCCAUUUCUUUAACAGUUUUUUCUUCCGGAAACUUGCUGAUCUCGACAAAGAUCCAUCGAGUAUAGCCGAUGGAAAGGCUGCUUUUUUACGUGUCCGGAAGUGGACUAGGAAGGUGGACUUGUUUGGGAAGGACUACAUUUUUGUACCGGUGAACUUCAAUCUUCACUGGAGUUUGAUAAUCAUCUGUCAUCCUGGUGAAGUGGCUAAUUGUACAAAUAUAGACGUGGAUGACUCCACAAAAGUACCAUGUAUUUUACAUAUGGAUUCUAUAAAAGGGAGCCACGCAGGGCUUAAGAAUCUGGUCCAAAGCUACUUGUGCGAGGAGUGGAAGGAGAGGCAUAAGGAGACAUCGGAUGAUAUUUCUUCCAGAUUCAUGAAUUUGCGGUUUGUCUCACUCGAGUUGCCACAGCAGGAAAACUCAUAUGACUGUGGCCUCUUUCUGCUGCACUAUUUGGAGCUAUUUUUAGCAGAAGCUCCCCAGAAUUUUAGUCCUUUCGAGAUAUAUAAUGCUUCCAACUUUCUUUAUCUAAACUGGUUCCCUCCUGCGGAGGCCUCGUUGAAGCGUACUCUGAUUGAGAAAUUAAUUUUUGAACUCCUUGAAAACCGUCAACGGAAAAUUAUUAAUGAACAAAAUCAGUUCUGCGAAAGUCCAGUGCCCGUCAGUAACAAUACAGGCAUCGAGGUUCCCUCUGGGAGAUGCACCCCGUUGACAGACUGUAAUGGGAAUAUGACACAGACGCAAGACGAACAAGGAAUUGAAAUGACUCUGCUUGAAAGAUCUUCCAUGAUGAACGUGCAAGCUGUUAAUGAUUCCGGCGUGGUUCUAAGGGAUUUAUUCGAUUCAGGAGCCAACAACACAGGAUCAUUACUUGGAGAACUACAACAAACAUUCCAGGAACCAUCUUCGUUUUAUCAUCUUAGUAACAACGCAUUGGCAACAGAGCAAGUAGAGAUGGAAAGUGGUGAACAUUUUAUGUGUCUGAACCCUGGACAGGGAAACUUUCAACGAAUCACUGGAAUUGCAUCUCCGAGACCAUCUACCUCGUUCUCUUCAUUGAACCUAAGUAUGAUGCCGGUGCAGAAGGAAGGUGAGGCUGAUUCGUUAUCUGAAACCUCUAAUGAUUCAGAAGAUAUUGGUAUAAUAGAAGACACCCCAAUGGAAAAUAUUCAUGUAGGAGAAACCGGUGAGAGUCCAUCAAGAGAGACGGUCUCUUUAUUUUCUGAAACCCUGGGUCAUAUCACUGACCACAACACUGAGAAUGAAGAACUCCCAUCUACUCAAGACGAGCUUGUGGUUGCAUCGAGUCAAGAUGGCAGAGACGAGAAGAAGCAAUUAGUGAAUGAUUUUGGACUCGUGGACAAGACGAGCGAAGAUCAUGGACUUGGGGACAAGACGAGUGAAGAUCUUGAAGUCGAGGACAAGGCGAGUGGUGAUCUUGGAACUGAGGACAAGACUACGAGUGAAGAUCUUGACAAGACGAGUGGUGAUCUUGGAAUUGAGGAGACGAUGAGUGGUGAUCUUGAAACUGGGGACAAGACGAUUGAAGGUGAUGGGGAUGGUUGUGACCAGAUGGAGAAGGAGCCGAUGGAGGAAGAAGAUGAGAAGCGAGCUGCAAAACGGCCAAGGCUAUCUUCCACAGGCGAAGUUGAGGAGAUGGAGAUAAAUUGA